UGCCGCCCCUAGCCAAUGGGAGCACAGUGCGAUGACUUCAUCCUUUGGUCGCCCCGGGCGCGGAUUGGCUGGGGCCAGCCCCGCCCCCGGCCCCCACGUGGGGCGUGUGUGUGUGCUGGGGGCGGGGGGGUUCCCGGUCCGGGCGCUGAUUGGCCGCGGUGCGGGCCGCGGCGGCUCCGCUGUUGCCGAGAGGAAGCGCGAGGGGCCCGGACGAGGCGCUACGGAACCGGGCCGGGAGAGACCGCCGGGUCCUGUGAGUUCACCCUGCCUGGAGGCUGGAAGAUGAAACCCGCGAGGAAGGCUGCCAGCUCCUCUUCUUCCUCCUCGUCCAGCAGCAGCAGCAGCCGUUCUCCCCCGUCCACUCGGGCCAAGACCCAGAAGCGCAGGACGGCUGAGGGGGGGCCCAAGCCGGCAGAGGAAGAGGAGGGGGGCGGGGGAGGUGGGGAGGAAAGCCCUGCCCAGCCCCCGCCCUUGUCAGGCCCCCAUCUCAUGCCAGUGAAGAUGGACCCCGGCUCGCGGGAGCUGCCUGGCCAGCAGAGUGAUCCCUACGAGACACCCGAGGGGGAGCCGGGGUGCGACGACCCCCCAGGGGAGCCUCCUCUGAGCCGCAAGACGGCCACCUUCAAAUCCCGAGCCCCCCGCAAGAACCCGGCGGCCGGGGAGGAGUGGAGCGGGUCCGAGGGCUCCGGGGUGCCAGGCGAGGAGGGCGCUGGGCGCUGCCCCUCCUCCAGCACCGACACAGCCAGCGAGCACUCGGCUGACGAGGACGCCAAGGGAGCUGGGGGGGAGCUGUGGGGCCCAGCUCCCGGCCCCAGCGACUAUGACCUGCGGCUGCUGCGCUCGCAGCGGGUCCUGGCCCGGCGCCAGGGCAUCUUCCAGCCGGCUGUGGUCAAGCACGUCCGUCGCGGCCAGGACCUGGGAGUUCAGUUCGCCGGCGACCGGGCCGUCACCUACUACGAGGGGGCGCUGGGCUCGGGGGCCCUGGACGUGGUCCUGGACACCACGCCCUCUGCGGGCGCCGUGGCAGUGGGGGCCCGUGUCUGCGUCUGCGUGGCCCCCGAGGAGACGACCUACUACGAGGGCACUGUGAUGGAGGUGAGCCUGAAGCCGGCCUCCUACAAGGUGCGUUUCGCCGGCCCCAGCCCGGCCCCCCGCAAGGACACGGUUUGGGUGCCACGCUCCGGCCUGCGGCUGCUGCGCCCACCCUGGAACCCAGCUGCCGCCGCGCCCCCCAAGCCAGAGGAGGAGGAGCCCCCUGGCCCUGAGCCCAAGCAGCCGGAGGACGCUGAGGUUUCCAAGAUCAGCGCUGGCGUGCGGGGGGCCGGGGAGGAGAAGCCCUCGGCUGCCCCCCCGCAGCUGCUGUCGCCCCCCAAAUCCCCGGCCUUCGCCCGCCUGCCGGAGCAGGCCUCCCCGCUGCUGAGCCCCGAGGCGGGCGGCAGCCGCAGCAGCAGCGUGGUGUCGGUGGAGAAGUGCAGCACGCCGGGCUCGGGGCGCUCCCGCACGCCCCUGACGGCCGCCCAGCAGAAGUACAAGAAGGGGGACGUGGUCUGCACCCCCAACGGCAUCCGCAAGAAGUUCAAUGGCAAGCAGUGGCGCCGGCUCUGCUCCCGCGAGGGCUGCAUGAAGGAGUCGCAGCGGCGCGGGUACUGCUCCCGCCACCUCUCCAUGCGCACCAAGGAGCUGGAGAGCCUGUCGGAGGGCCGGGCCAGCGGGCUGCGGGAGGGCAGCGCCGAGUUCGACUGGGAUGAGACGUCCCGCGACAGCGAGGCCAGCAGCGCCCGCGGCGACUCCCGCCCCCGCCUGGUGGCGCCGGCCGACCUGUCCCGCUUCGAGUUCGACGAGUGCGAGGCGGCCGUCAUGCUGGUAUCGCUGGGCAGCUCGCGCUCGGGCACCCCGUCCUUCUCGCCCGUCUCCACCCAAUCGCCCUUCUCGCCCGCCCCCUCGCCGUCCCCCUCGCCCCUCUUCGGCUUCCGGCCCGCCAACUUCAGCCCCAUCAACGCCUCGCCCGUCAUCCAGCGGGCAGCCGCCCGCAGCCGCCACGUCAGCGCCAGCACGCCCAAGGGGGCGGGGGGCGGCGUGCUGAGCCCCGAGAUGCUGCACCACGCCCCGCACCGGGAGCGGCACUCCUCGGGCAUCGUGCCCACCUUCCAGACCAACCUGACCUUCACCGUGCCCAUGAGCCCCAGCAAGCGCAAGGCGGAGGCGCCCCACGGCGGGCCGGGUGGGGGCGCCGACUUCCAGAAGAGCGACAGUCUGGACUCGGGGGUGGAGUCAGUCUCCCACACCCCCACCCCCUCCACGCCCGCCGGCUUCCGGGCCGUCUCACCCCCGGGCCCCGGGCCCUUCUCCUCCCGCUCCCAGCAGGCCUCGCCGCUGUUGCUGCUCUCCCCACCCGCCGGGCUGACCUCCGACCCCAGCCCCAUGGUGCGCCGGGUGCCGGCCGUGCAGCGGGACUCACCUGUCAUCGUCCGCAACCCCGACGUGCCCCUGCCUUCCAAGUUCACGGAGAAGCCGCGGGAGGGGCGGGCAGGCAGCCCCCGGCUGGGCAAGGUGGGCACCAAAGAACAGCUGCAGGUGCCGGUGCCCAUCAAUAUGGGGCGGGCGCUCCCCUGUAGCCAGGCCAGCGCUGUCCCGGCCCCUGAGCAGGCACCCCCCGUCUUCAGCGUCUCCUCGCCCUUCCAGCCGGUCGCCUUCCACCCCUCCCCGGCUGCCCUGCUGCCCGUCAUUGUGCCCAACGACUACCCUGGGCCGCCGGCCCCCAAGAAAGAGAUCAUCAUGGGCCGGCCUGGCACAGUCUGGACCAACGUGGAGCCGCGCUCUGUGGCCGUGUUCCCGUGGCACUCCCUUGUGCCCUUCCUGGCCCCCAGCCAGCCGGACUCUUCCGUCCAGCCCAGCGAGGGCCAGCAACCUGUCAAUCACCCCGCAGUGUCCAAUCAGAACAAAGAGCCUCCAGAAUCAGCGGCUGUUGCCCAUGACCUCCCGGGGGUAGCGUCAGGGGCUGAGCUGGGAAAACGGGAGGCUUCCCGCCCCGACAGCCCAGCCUCAGCCCCCCAGGCCACGGCAGCGACUGGAGGGGCAGAGGGCCCCUCCCAGCUCGUGGACGAGGCCCCAGGGCCCCCAAGACUGGACAGCGAGACAGAGAGUGACCACGAUGACGCGUUCCUGUCGAUCGUGUCCCCCGAGAUCCAGCUCCCUCUGCAGCCCGGGAAGCGCCGGACGCAGUCGCUGAGCGCCCUGCCCAAGGAGCGAGACUCCUCCUCCGAGAAGGAUGGGCGCAGCCCCAACAAGCGGGAGAAGGACCAUAUCCGGCGGCCCAUGAACGCCUUCAUGAUCUUCAGCAAGCGGCACCGGGCCCUGGUGCACCAGCGGCACCCGAACCAGGACAACCGCACCGUCAGCAAGAUCCUGGGCGAGUGGUGGUACGCGCUGGGGCCCAAGGAGAAGCAGAAGUACCAUGACCUGGCCUUCCAGGUGAAGGAGGCGCACUUCAAGGCACACCCCGACUGGAAGUGGUGUAACAAGGACCGGAAGAAGUCGAGCUCGGACACCAAGCCCUCGGCACCGGGGCCUGGGGGGGGCCCCAAGGAGGCGCGGGAGCGCAGCAUGUCGGAGACGGGCACGGCUGCCGUGCCGGGAGCCUCCUCGGAGAUCCCGGUGCUGGCAGGGCCAGAGGGCAAGGCAGGGGGCACGGGGCACGUGCCCGGGGAGCGGCUGAUCCACGUGGUGGGGACUGGGGCGCAGCGGCCCCGGGCCUUCUCUCACAGCGGGGUGCACGGGCUGGACACUGGGGAGCUGGACAGCCAGGCGCUGCAGGAGCUCACACAGAUGUGCUCCAGCCCGUCACCCUACCCCGGCGGGAAGGGGCAGUAUGGGGGGCCGGGCCCCUCUGGGACCCCAUUCGCAGCUCCAGGUGAGGGGCCCCGGCCCCCCCUACUGCCGCCAGCCCCCCGUGCCGCCCGCUCCCAGCGCGUGGCCAGCGAGGACAUGACGAGCGACGAGGAGCGUAUGGUCAUCUGUGAGGAGGAGGGGGACGAUGAUGUAAUUGCGGACGAUGGGUUCAACCCGCCCGACAUUGACCUGAAGUGCAAGGAGAGGGUGACGGACAGUGAGAGCGACACCUCUUCAGACGAGGAGCCCGACGGCAAGGACUUUGGGCGGAAGCUCUUCUCCCCAGUGAUCCGCUCCCCACCGCUGCCCCCCUCCUCGGGUGCCUUUGCCCCCUGCCGCCCGCCAGCCCCCCCUGAGCUGGACCUGCCCCAUGGCCCCGACCAGCCACCCCUGGCCAAGCCCUACAGCCCCUUCCCGCUGGCGCCCAGCCCGUUCAAGGCCCAGGACUCGCGGGGGGCCCCGCCCCCCGCGCCAGCCAAGCGCCCUGAGCCGGCACCCCCUUACCGCCGGAAGCGGGCUGACAGCGCUGGGGGGGCGGAGACAGGCGCCGCCGGGCCCUCGGUCAUCUCCCCCCCCGGGGGGACGCUGCAGGCGCUGGUGCUGCCCGACCCGGGGCGCCUGUCCGCGGGCACGGUGCUGGUGCCGGCGCCCUCGCUCAGCGGCUACGGCGGGGCGCCGGUGCGCCCAGCCUCCACCGUGGUCACCAACGUGGUCAAGCCGGUGAGCAGCACCCCGGUGCCCAUCGCCAGCAAGCCCUUCCCCCGGGGGGUGGGCGAGGGCGGGCCCCUGCUCAGCCCCCCAGCCCUGGAGCCGGCCCCGCCAGCCCUGGCCGUGCUGGGGGGCGCCAAGCCCGAGGCCGUGCCUGUGGGGCGCAUCGGCCUCCUCUACGCCGACAAGAAGCCCCCGCCCCCUGCCAGCCAGGCCCCCUCCCCCCACCUGGUGGCCGGGCCCCUGCUCGGGCCGGUGCCCAAGGCCCCGGGCAACGUGGUGACCAACCUGCUGGUGGGGCAGGCGGGGGGUGCGGGGGCCGGGCCGGCCCCAGUGACCGUGCUGCCACCGCAGCCCUCGGUGCAGUUCAUUACCCAGAACCCCUCGGGGUCCGGGCCCAAUGGGCCGGUGCCCCUGGGCAUCCUGCAGCCCCAGGGCCUCCUGUCGGGGGCCCCAGGCAAGGCAGGGAGCAUCACCCAGGUGCAGUACAUCCUGCCCACCCUACCCCAGCAGCUGCAGGUGGCUGGGGGCAAGGGGGCAGGGGCUGGAGCCGCCAGCAUCCACUUCACCCUGCCCCCCACCAGCAGCAAGGUGCUUGCCACCACGCCCCACGGCCUGCCCAUCCUCCAGCCCGGGCCUGGCAGCGCCAGCACCGCCGUCACCGUCGUCUCCACCGCGCCCAAAGCCCAGUCAGUGUCUCCGGUGCAGGCCCCAGGCCCCGGAGGCUCUGCCCACCUGGUGCAGGGCAAGGUGCUGGUACCCGUGGCCGCGCCCCAGGUGACGGUGCGGCCCGGGGGUGGGGCCGGCCCGAUGGCCCAGGUGGCGCCGCCCUUCCCGGUGCCCCUGCAGAACGGAGCCCAGCCUGCCAGCAAGGUCAUCCAGCUGACCUCGUUGACCCCUGCUCCGAACAGUGGCGCCCUGGCGCCCCCCCUGAGCCCAGCCACGGCCCUCGUGGGGCCCCCCGGUCAGGCCCAGAAGGUGCUGCUGCCCUCCUCCUCCACCAGGAUCACCUAUGUGCAGUCCACAGGCGGGCACCAGCUGACCCUGGGCACCUCGGCCUCCCCCUCGCAGCCUGGCGCCGCCCCCGCUGCCACCUACGUGCAGGCCCCUGUGGGGCCGGCCCCCAUGGCCCUGGGCUUCACGGCCAUCGGGCCCAGCGGGCCGGCUAUUGUACAGCCGCUGCUCUCGGGGCAGAGCCCCCUGCUGGCCCCGGGGCAGAUGGGGGUUUCCCCGCUGCCCAGCCCCCAGCUGCCCCCCUCCUGCAGCGGCCCGGUGAUUACGGCCAUCUACCCCGGCCCCCCAACCGCCGGCCCCGCCCCGUCACCCGCCCACGGUCUCGUCUACAGCGUGGCCAGCCCCGCCCCUGCACCCAUCCUGCCCAAGGGGAGCAGUGCCGGCAGCCAGGGCACACUGGGGCCUGGACCUAUGGGCCCCCUCGCCUUCCCCCCGGCGCCUGCCCGGCCCCCGCGCCCUCCGCCGAAGCCCCCCCAGAAGGUGAAGGCCGCCAUCGCCAGCAUCCCCGUGGGCUCCUACGAGUCGGCCCCGUCACCCGGCCCUGCCCGGCCUCCAGGAGGGCAGCAGACGGAGCCUGGGGGGCCCCCCCGCGUCUCCCGGGAGCUGGAGAGCCCAAGGGAGCCUCCGGAGCUGCCUGACCCCUCCCCUCCGCCCCAGCCCCCCAGACCCGGCCCAGCUCCGGAGCCGGACAGCUGGGAUGGGCGCCCCCCCUCGCCCGCGCCCCCCCAGCACCCAGUGCCUGAGGCUGAGAGCGGUGAGGGCUGGAGCCAGCGGGAGGCCGUGCCGGGGGCCAGCGAGGAACGAACGCCCCGAGAGCAGGCGAGCACCCCCGGAGCUGCCCCGGGGGGCAAGGGGCCGGAGACGACCCCCCGGGUGCCUGUCUCCCCCGACUGGAGGGUCCCGGGUCCUGAGAGCCGCCCUGAAGUCCCAGCGCCCCCUGCUGGCUCCUCGUCCUCCUCUGCGCUCAGCCCCGCCCCUGCUGGCUCUGGGGAGGGGUCCCGGGGGGCAGGUCCGACCCCCGGUGCACCCGAGGGCCCAGAGCGCAAGGAGGGUGGGGGCGGCAAGAAGGUGAAGGUCCGGCCUCCCCCGCUGAAGAAGACCUUCGACUCGGUGGACAACAGGGUUCUGUCGGAGGUGGAUUUCGAGGAGCGCUUCGCCGAGCUGCCCGAGUUCAAGCCCGAGGAGGUUCUGCCCUCGCCCACGCUGCAGUCCCUGGCCACGUCGCCCCGCGCCAUCCUGGGCAGCUACCGCAAGAAGCGCAAGAACUCCACCGACCUGGACUCCUCCGCCGAGGACCCCAUCUCACCCAAGCGGAAGAUGCGGCGCCGCUCGAGCUGCAGCUCGGAGCCCAACACGCCCAAGAGCGCCAAGUGCGAGGGCGACAUCUUCACCUUCGACAAGACGGGCGCGGAGGCGGAGGACGUGCUGGGGGAGCUGGAGUACGAGAAGGUCCCGUAUUCGUCGCUGCGCCGGACCCUGGACCAGAGGCGGGCGCUGGUCAUGCAGCUCUUCCAGGACCACGGCUUCUUCCCCUCAGCCCAGGCCACGGCCGCGUUCCAGGCCCGCUACUCCGACAUCUUCCCCACCAAGGUCUGCCUGCAGCUGAAGAUCCGCGAGGUGCGGCAGAAGAUCAUGCAGGCGGCCACCCCCACCGAGCAGGCGCCCAGCACCCCCGAGCCGGGGGGCCCAGGCGGUGGCGGAGCCGCUGAGGGGCAGCCCCCGGAGCCCGCGCCCCCCCAGGACUCGGACCCGGGGGCAGAGGCGGGUGGCAGCACCAGCUGGGACAAUAGCCAGACAUCUCCCCCGGGGGGCGCCGCAGGCAGUGGCAGAUGAAGGGCCUUGAGUGGCACGGCUGGAAGCAAAGCAUUCUGGGAGCUUCGCCCACCUUCCUGCUACGCCCCGGCCUGACCGGGGGCCCCGGCAAAGACGUUUCCUUGCUCCCCUGGGAUGGUCCGCUCCACCAUGGACUGCAGCGCCCCCCCGCAAGGAUGGUCUGCUCCGCCACGGGCACCAGCGCCUGCCCCCUCCCCGGCUGGGAUGGUCUGCUCCGCCAUGGAUUGCAGCACCCCCCCGCAGGGAUGGUCUGCUCUGCCACGGGCACCAGCGCCUGCCCCCUCCCCGGCUGGGAUGGUCUGCUCCACCAUGGACUGCAGCGCCCCCCCGCAAGGAUGGUCUGCUCCGCCACGGGCACCAGCGCCUGCCUCCCCCCAGCCAGGAUGGUCUGCUCUGCCAUGGACUGCAGCGCCCCCCUGCAAGGAUGGUCUGCUCUGCCAUGGGUAUCGGCACCAGCACCUGCCUGCUCCCCCUCCGCCCACUGGGGUGGUCUGCUCCACCACAGAUGCCAGCGCCUCCUCCCCCCCCAGCCAGGAUGGUCUGUUCUGCCAUGGGCACCAGCGCCUGCCCCCCCCCAGCCGGGAUGGUCUGCUCCGCCACAGAUGCCAGCGCCUCCCCCCCACGCUCCACAAGGAUGGUCUGCUCCCCCAUGGGCACCAGGGUGUGCCCCUACCCCCCUGCUGGGAUGGUCUGCUCCACCAUGAUGCCAGUGGCUACCCCACCCCCACUGUGGCACCCAGACCGGCCCAUUGCAGGCUCCCGGCCCCGCCCCUGUUGCCGUGGGGACUGCGGGGGGGACAUGGACACCUGGAAAGUGACGACUUUUAAUAAUGUUAAAUAUUUUGAGACCUGA